GGCUGGUGACGCAUUUUUAAACCUUUCCGUUUCCUUCCAGUUGUGAUUGGAAUGUGUGCCACAGCGCUGGUCAUCGGAAUAUUACUGGCAGCAUUUCUCUUGUAUCGUAGAAGAAUAGUGCCACAGCAGGCUGGCAGAGAGAGCACCCUCGUACCCCAAUUGCGAGGUCAAGUUAAUGAAGGAUAUUGGACACCGAAGUGGGACGACGCCUUCGAGAGAGAGGACGAAGCAUACAUGUGGGCGGCAACAGCCAAUGUGGCCGCCUUUGAACGACAGAGGCCAUGGCAGGAACGACUUUUUGAGAUCGUUGGUGACGAAAACCCACAGAUGCCAAGUGAUGGCCCUGUUCUGCUGCCUCGCCUCAGCAUCAGACAGAGCAUAAACGACCAACUGCGCACCCUACAAGCCUUGAACCUGCAGGGCUGGGAGAGGGAAAGGCCUCAUCCUCCCAUGAUCUCUCCCAGACAAGGAAUUCGACAUGGGUCCUUGGAGGAACUCUACCAUGAAACUGGCCGUUUUUGGGAGUAAAAGUAAAAGGUAGUCUUCCGCAUGACCUAACCUAUGCAAGAUGUAUAGUCGGGGCCUGCAACAUUACAUAAUAUACGUGGCAGUAAAAAUGAAAACGAUUUGUGGAAGCAAUA